GUAUCCUGAUAUACGACCACAUCAUAACCAUCACAGAUGAAAUCACUUUCAUCUGGUGUCGUCCGAAAGCACUAUCUGCAAUAUUAUUUCUCGUCAAUCGCUAUGUCGCUCUGCUCGGCAAUGUCUAUAUGUUAUCUGUGUAUCUUCUGCCCAGUUCAAAUGAGGUUCUAUGGUUUUGUUAUACGCAUACCCAGCUGGCGGACUCAUAUCUUAUUUCUGCAGAGGUUUCAACUCUGAUUCUUCAAUAUGUGUUAUUUUGCUCAACAAAAUCCUAGUUGUCAGAGAUAUUUGAUAUCCAGAGACCUACUCUUUUUUUUCCAACAAAUCUUCGUUUGCCUUAUAUUGACUAUUCGCACUUAUGCUCUCUACUGCCGUAGCAAACGCCUCCUUACUUGGAUGAUAAUAAUUGUUUUUGCUCUUGGGGGAGUGACUGCGGGAACGUUCAGGCUAAGUUCAGACACAGCCGUGCCAGGAUCUAAUUGCUAUGAGUCAUAUUUAGAAGAGACAGCCGUCAGUCCUGGGCUGGGAUGGGUGACACUACUUGUCUAUGAAUUGCUCAUCUUUGCCCUCACAAUUUGCAGGAUAUGCAAAACUAGAAAACUAUCUCUGGCAGUAUCGAGGAGAAAUAUACUUGAUAUCAUGUUUCAAGAUGGCGCAAUGUAUUUCGCGGUGAUGACAUUGGUUAAUCUACCUAACAUUCUGACAUACUACUGUGGUUCAAAUACCACCAGAGGCAGUCUAGCUACAUUUACUAGCUGCAUGUCCGUGACUCUCAUCUCUCGGCUGAUGCUCAACCUGCACAAAUCUGUUGACGCGGGCAUCUUUACAACCCCCGUCCGAGAUGAUGACUACGACUCCGCUGUCCUUACCACCAGGAUCAACGUACAAUCCCGGGCCGCAAUCUCCUCUUGCGAUCGCUGCUAGGGUUAAUAUUAGAUUGUGUUUUUGGAUACAAAUAUUCUUAUCGGAAGUAGAAUAACAUCAGGGGAGUGCCCCGUUCAUACGGUAGACGGAACUACAAAUUUAAGAUCGCGCA